AUGAAGCUACAGCACAUGAUUCAGUCGUAUGCAGACAUGUCAGUGGGGCUUAUAAAGCACAGGUGGGCUGUCUUCCUUUUCUUCCUGGUCCUCUUUGUGUGGAGGGUUAUAUACACUGAAGGGUACCGACUCGUGGCAUACUGCCUGUUUCUGUACUUUUUGCACUGCUUUAUAGGCUUCUGCACGCCCAUAGACAGCGAAAUUCCAGAUCCCUUUGACAUUGAGGAGGAAGAGUCUGCUGCUGCCAUGCCCAUUAGAAAGAGCGGGGACGAGUCCAAGCCCUUUAUCAGGAGACUGCCUGAGUUUGAGCUCUGGGCGCAGUCUGUGAAGGCGUGCAUAAUGGGGUUCUUCAUGACGUUUAUGCCUGUUUUCAACAUCCCUGUUUUCACGCCGAUUCUUGUUGUGUACUUCGGAGGCCUGGUCUACCUCACGCUUAUAAAGAUACGGAAACACAUGGAAAAGUACAAGUACAACCCCUUCUUUAAUGCAAAGAAGAUAUACAAGGGAAUUGUGGAGCUAAAAUAA